GGCAAUUCAUUCAAGAUGACAUCAAUGUCACGCCGGGAGUUGGAUGAUAUCAAACCAUGGGUUGAAAAAACCGUGAAGCGUGUGCUAGGAUUCCCGGAGCCUACGGUUGUCACAGCAGCUCUUAACUGUGUAUCAAAGGGCUUCGACCAAUCACAAACUACAGAAAUGCUUCAACCUUUGCUUGAAAAAUCCGCUCCCAAAUUUGUGACAUUGUUAUUUGAAACAAUGCAGGAAGUUGAAACAUCAAGAAAGAUGAAUAAACCUCGCAAAAGAACAUUUAAGGAGGAUGAAUCAAUGGAAGAGAUUGUUAAGCCAAAGAAGUCAAAAUUACCAGCUCAUUUUUCUGAUGAGUUAGAAGCUCCAUUACCAGAACCUACCCCAAGCCCUGGCCAGUUAACUGCUGCUCAGAUUAAAGAAAUGAUGGCACAUGCACGAAAACAAAUUACAGCAAGGAAAGAGCAGAUAGAUGCAAUGGGCAUGAUGCGGAAGUCAUCAAUAGCCCCAGUAAUUCCAUUGAACCAAAGUCAACAACUAGCAAAGGAGGCUCUAGAGAAGGCUAAGAGAGCUGCAGAAAUCCAGGCCAGAAUCCAGUCCCAGAUGGCAAGCACAGGCCUAGGAAUCAAACAUUUGUCCAAACCCACACCAUUGAUUCUUGAUGACCAAGGGCGGACAGUUGAUGCUAGUGGCAAUGCUAUACAGCUAACACAGAGAAUGCCAACACUGAAGGCUAAUAUUCGAGCCAAGAAAAGGGAGGAAUUUAAGGCAGUGCAGGAUAAACCGGACACACAACUUGAUGAGACGCACAAAUUCUUUGAUCAUCGCGUUAGCCUACAACCCGCAUUAAGACCCAAGAAAGCAUUUAAAUUCCAUGAAAAAGGCAAAUAUCAAUUGAUUGCACAAAGGGUUAGAGCCAAGGCCCAACUUGAGAAACUUCAAAGUGAGAUUGCCCAAGCUGCUAAAAAGACAGGGAUCUCAUCAGCUGCAAGAUUGGCACUCAUCCAACCAAAGAAAGUCUUGAGAGAAGAUGAAAUACCAGAUGUGGAGUGGUGGGAUUCUGUGAUCUUGCAUGUAGAUUCUUACAAUGGGUUACAAAACAAGGAUAAACGUGAAUGUAUUGUUGGCAUUACACAUCUUGUUGAGCAUCCAAUUCAAUUGAAGCCACCAGGUGAUAAAGAUGCAGCAGUGGAAGUGCCAAUCUUUCUGACUAAGAAGGAAAGGAAAAAAAUCCGUAGACAGUCAAGAAGGGAAGCUGAUUUAGAAAAACAAGAGAAAGUAAGGUUAGGUCUAGAACCACCUCCAGAACCAAAAGUGCGAAUGGCAAACUUGAUGAGAGUAUUGGGAAAUGAAGCCGUCCAGGAUCCGACAAAGGUCGAAGCUCAUGUCAGGGCUCAGAUGGCUAAGAGACAAAGGCUACAUGAGGAAGCAAAUGCUGCACGAAAAUUGACGGAUGAACAGAAACGAGAAAAGAAAAUGAACAAGAUUCGGGAAGAUACGUCAAAUGGAGUUAACGUUUCUGUUUACAGAGUGCGUGAACUUAACUGUCCAUCUCACAAAUUCAAAGUUGAAGCUAAUUGCAAGCAGUUGUUGAUGACUGGUUUAGUGGUUAUGUUCAAGGAUGCUAAUGUAGUCGUAGUUGAAGGCGGUCCAAAACAACAAAAGAAGUUCAAAAGACUUAUGAUGAACAGAAUUAAAUGGGAUCAAGAUAAACGAAGAAAAAAUGUACACGAUGACGAUUCCGAUGAGGAAGAACAGAGGAAGGUAAACAAGUGCUUAUUGGUAUGGGAAGGGACAACGAUGGAGCGUUCAUUUGGAGACAUCAAGUUCAAACAAUGCCCUACGGAGUCAAUGGCGCGGGAAGUGUUUAAGAAACAUGGUGUGGAACACUAUUGGGAUUUGGCUCACAGCGAAGCUGUAAUUGAGGCGUCCCAAGAUUUGUAAUUAGAUUCAGUUCCAAUGCGAAUGAUUAUUCUUGCGUUUUAAGUUUGGUAAAUUCCAGGUAUUUUGAAAUAUCCCAACGGUAAGGAUCCAUUAUACAUUUGACUACAUUACAAUGUUUUGUUAUAUUCUUCUUGUUAUUUUUUCAAACUUCCAAUAAUGUAAGGAAUUAGGAGAAGUAAUGUAAAAAAAUAAUAUUAGAUAAAGGUAUAUGAAGAUGAAAUGGUGUAGGUUUGUACUGUAAAUUCAUGCGUAUAAGACGAUACAUGUAGUCAACUCCCAAGUUUGAAUACAGAUUCCUGGAGUGUCAGUCAUACAUAACAUCUGGCCUAUCAGAACAUGUAAUUCAAUUUGUGGGACCAGUAAUAAUGUGCAUGUCCAACACACAAGUUUACAUUCAGGAUUUCACUUUGUGGGACCUUAGCAAAAAUAUCCAAGAGGUAGGGCUUAACAAAUAGUCCAUGCCGAAUAAUUUGUUUGUACUAUUACUCUCUGCCCUCCCCUCCCCUCCCCCUCCCCCCACAACUUUCUACUGUUCUAAACAUAUCAGGCUAUGAUGCACAAUUGUUACUAGACUACUGGUUUACAAUGGAAGAAAAUGUUAUUAGCCCAGAGUGUAAUUUUGGUGGACUUCAUAGCCUUGAUUAAUAUUAAAUCUUGCCCUGACACAUAAGAUGACUUUUGACUUAGAACAUGCAAAUUCAGCUGUCUUCUUAUACAUGGGAAUUUACAACAUGUACAGACAUGGUAAGAUUCUCCUACCUACCCACAACUUUACCAAUGUAAUGUGAUAUGGGUUGGAGUUUUUUCUUCUUGUCGCAGGUACAUUACUGUUGUGUUUGCAACAAGACCAGUGUGUCAUAAUGAUUGACGUCAGGUGAGCCCAACAUCGCCAGCAAGUACGUAUAGUCAUUCAAUCAAUAUAUAAAGUAUGUAUACCAAAUAUAUGUACAAUGUCACUGGUUUUGUAUGUAUAGAAACCUUUUGAAGAAAAGGUGGUGUGAUAAGAAAUAAAUGCAUCCAAACUGUUAAUUUUAUUUCCUGUUAUGUAUUACUUUUAAGAAUUGUGAUUAUUUUAUGUAAAUUUUCUUGAGCCACACAUAUUUUGGUGUGUUUUUAAAAAGUUGUUACAUUGUCAAAGUGCGUUGUUACAAUGUGUUAAACGUGCAUGUAGCUAAGAUUUUUUAGUUUUUUAAAUAAAUAACAUUGAAAAGUUGAACUUUCAUAUGUUUGAAUUCUGUUAUUGUGGAUUUUUGGAAAUUGUCAUUUUUUAUCAAAUUAAUUUAUAUGGCCAAUAAAUCUUUUUCAAAAUCAGUAGAAAUUUAAUUUGUUUCUGUUAGCAAACAAAAGGUAUUAAGUUGAAUAUACUGCUAAUAGGCACUUUUUGCAGCCUGUAGUUACCUUGGAAAAUGUAGUAACAAAACCCUCCUUUAGACAGUAACUUCUCAUUUCCAAACUCCUGUUGUUGCCGUUUCUUUUUUUUCAUUGAAGUGUAAUAGAAAAUAUUGACAAUUUAAUGUACAAAGAUCAAAAAGUCCUUAAAUUUCCAUGUCAUGUGUACAUUCAAAAAAUUAACAGGCACUUUUUCUCCUCCCCUCUUCACAAAUGCUAAUCCACUUGAUUCUAUAGGGAAUUAAUUUGGUGUCAAAUUUACUCUGAACAAUUUCAGUUCAUCAUAUGAAAGUACAACUUUAGCUAAGCCUUGUUCAGACACACCAAAUCUGUUGUAUUUUGUUGUGUUUUCAUAGACUUGCUGGCCAGUGAACGGCUACAAGAGGUCAUUAUUAAAGGUAAUGUAUUUUAUGAAUAAUAAUUACAUGAUGUCUCAAAGGAAAGUUCCAGAGUUAAAUGUUAAUUUGAAUACAUUUAUUCCUAACAUCUUUGUUAGGAAAUAAAAUGCUGUAUUAUUUGGCAUAUUGCAAAUUUUUAUUAUAUUCCCUACUUCAGUUUUCAAAAACAAAUGUGAGCCUUCAAAGAUUAGUAAUUUAACACUCUGUAAUUUAAGUAUUAGUAUCACUUUUGAUUGACUUAUGCCAAUGCUGGUUUUUCACUACCGAGUUCAGGGUACCAAUAAGUACGUAAUUAAACGUACUACAUAUUUUUAUUAAAUAUUUUAUCUCUAGAACUCUCCUUUAAUAUAGUAUAAACAUGCAUGAAUAAACGAAUACAAGAAAAAUACAAAACAAAAAAAUUUAAUUGCUAUUUUAAUGCUUCUCUGGCAAUGUUUAAUUUGAAAAUAAAGCAAGUACUUAGUUGGGCAGUUAAAGAUAUACUAUCAAUCAAAAGAUAAUACCUCAAGAAUUCAUAUAAAAUUUUGAAUAACUUGUUUAAAAGGAUUAAAUAAAUUAUUAGCUUCCACCAAGAAACAGAUCGAAAAAGAUUUACAGACAUUUUAGUACAAAAUCCUUCCAUUGAUUACCUGCCAAUUAUGAUUUUUGUACUAAAAUGUCUGUAAAUCAGGGAAAACUGGUUUUUUUUUUACCUGUUUCUUGGUGGAAGUUUAUAAUAUAUUUGAUUCUUUUAAAUGAGCUCUCCAAAUUUCUUUUUUUAAUUUCUGAAGUAUUUUCUUGUAUUUUGACUGUUAGUACAUCUUACUAAAUACUAAAUGUUAUCUUGCCAUCUAGUCAGGGAUUAACAUUAUAUUCUUCAUUUAUACAUUGUAUCUUCAGUCUGUUAAAUAAUGUUCUGAAAACCAAACUGUAUCUAAGCAUGGAGGUAUAAAUCUAAGCUACUGUAUCAAGCUAUGAGAAUAGUAUAGUGGCAACAGUGGCAGCACCAGUGGGGUGUCCAGGGGUCAAAGUGUCCUUGUCAGUAAAGAAGCCAAUCAUUAAUAUGUUGGGUAAUACUGCCUUGAUAAGCAUUAACACAAGAUGCCAAGGAGCAUUUGUGUAUUUCUGCCUUCAAAAUGGCCUCCGAGUCAUUAAGUGCCACCAUUAUCUAGCAAAGUCAUAUAAUGGUGGUAUUGUUCAAUAUGUGCUUAAUCCUAUUAGAAUGUUACUGUCAUGAAUUUACAACAGCAAUUGAUGAAGUAAAAUAUUUCCUGGAAAAGCUUUUAUUCAUGUUUAGCACUCAAGUAUUUGAACAAUUAGUUAAUAACACAAAGGAGACUUAUAAUUCCAAUAUUGUAUGAGAAAGAGUAACAGGGAACUUAGAGUUUGAAAUUCAGUUUAGCUUAAGGCUGGUAAUUACUGUACAAAACUUCUCUAUUCAUUCAAAUUUCCUUAAAAGAAAUAAAAAUAAAUGUAUAAUAUCAAUUUGGCUGAAUUGAA